AUGAAGUCUUUUGUAACCGCUGUGGGUCUUUUGGUCUGUGCUACUUCUGUUGUUGGUCACUCUAUAUUCCAAGACUUAUGGGUUGAUGGAUGGAUGUUGAUUUUGCGCAGAAAGGACCAAGUUAGCACCUGUGCUCGCAUGCCUCUUAGCAAUAGCCCCGUAACUAGCGUCUCCUCCAACGACAUCAGAUGCAAUGCUGGCACCAAGCCAGUCACCGGCGUCUGCUCAGUACCAGCUGGUGGAGAAAUUACCGUUGAGAUGCACGCACAGCCCGGCGACCGAAACUGCAAGAACGAGGCCAUCGGAGGAAACCAUUUCGGACCAGUCAUGAUAUAUAUGUCCAAGGUCUCAAGCUCCGCAUCAGAUCCAGGAUCCGGCAAAUGGUUCAAGAUUGCUGAGGAAGGAUACGACACGGCAACCAAGAAGUGGGGAACGGACUCUCUCAAUAGCAACUGUGGGAAGAAGUCCGUCAAGGUACCAGCUAGCUUAGCACCAGGCGAUUAUCUCGUCAGAGCUGAGGCUAUUGCCCUCCACUCUGCUGGCUCUGCAGGUGGUGCUCAAUUUUAUAUGACCUGCUUCCAGAUCAACCUCACCGGAAGCGGAACUGCCAAUCCUCCUGGAGUGUCAUUCCCAGGCGCAUACAGUGCUAACGACCCCGGAAUUCUCAUCAACAUCUACCAGACCAUCACCAAGUACAUUAUCCCAGGUCCCGCCGUUUGGACUGGAUAA